AUGAAAUUGUGAGUUUUCCUGAAAAAAAAUGUAUAGCUUGCGGGGAAAAUUAUUGAUUUUUUUUGCAGAAAGUCCAAGAAGCCUAAGACCAAAAGCAAAACCAAAACAAAGACCAAAACUGAUACAAAGUCGAAGACGAAAACGAAGACAAGCAAGACUAAAACCAAGACUCAAUCAAAAGAUUCGACCAAAAAACCUGGGAAGAAAUUUGGAAAAUUGACUUUUGGGAAACACAAGAAACCUGAAGGAACCCAAUCGAAAACACAAUCAAAAGAAUCUGUGAAAAAUGCCAAAUCGAAAGAUCCGAAGAAGAAAAAGCGAAGAUGGGUGAAGUUCAUUCUUCUUGCUCUUGGAGCAUUUGUUAUUUUGGCAACUAUCAUCGCUAUUAUCAUGUUUUUCGUACUUUCUGCAGCAAAUGAAGCUUCGAAAAAAGCCGAUGAGCCAAUAAUUGAAGAAGUUUGCACAACUCAAUCAUGCAAACAAUUAUCGGCAAAAAUGCUAAAAUACAUGGAUGACAGUGUGGAACCUUGCGAUGAUUUCUAUAAAUUCGCCUGCGGAAAAUACACAAAAGAUGACGUGGAAAUUUCGGUAAUGGCAGAGGAGAAAGCGAAAAAGGUUCAUGCGAAUUUCGAGAAUUAUGUGGCGAAAACGAGACCGGAACGAUAUGCAAAACUUUUGCUGAGCAAAUGCAUCGCUAUUGUGACGUUUGCCAGUUAUUGGACUACAGUUUGGGACGGACAAGAUAUCACAGAUAUGCUGAUUGAGAUGGCCAAAUUGGAUGCGAAUAAACCGGGAUUUUUGAUGAAUAAUGUGAUGCCGGAAGAGGUUAAGGGCGAUUUGCUUGUUCUUGCACUUCGUGUUGAAAGUGAUAUUUAUAAUAGUGUGAGUUACUUGAUUAGAAAGAUGCGGAGGGAAAUACACUCGCUGCGCUCGAGAGCAUACGAUUAUAAGAGACGCAGAGAGGUCAGACAGCUAGAGAACAUAGGGGGGGGGGGGCAGAGACGCAGAGGGAACGAUACACUCGCUACGCUCGAGCCGCUGACGCGGAAAAUUCCGCGGCGCUUCGCGCGAGCUUGCGGUAUUUCAGGCUUGAACAAAAGUCUAAAUUGUACCGCAAGCUUGCGCGAAGCGCCCCGGAAUCUUCCGCGUCAGCGGCUCGAGCGCAGCGAGUGUAUUAUUCCCUCCGCGCCUCUGCCUUCCCUAUGUUCUCUAGCUGUCUAGCUUCUCUGCGUCUCCUAUAAUCGUAUGCUCUCGAGCGCAGCGAGUGUAUUAUUCCCUCUUCGUCUCUGCCUUCCCUCUGCAUCUUUAGCUGUCUAGCUUCUCUGCGUCUCUCAUAAUCGUAUGCUCUCGAGCGCAGCGAGUGUAUUAUUCCCUCUUCGUCUCUGCCUUCCCUCUGCAUCUUUAGCUGUCUAGCUUCUCUGCGUCUCUCAUAAUCGUAUGCUCUCGAGCGCAGCGAGUGUAUUAUUCCCUCUUCGUCUCUGCCUUCCCUCUGCAUCUUUAGCUGUCUAGCUUCUCUGCGUCUCUCAUAAUCGUAUGCUCUCGAGCGCAGCGAGUGUAUUUCCCUCUGCGUCUCUGACUGCUCUCUAGCCGUCUAGUUUCUCUGUACUCUCUAAUGCUCUCUAGCAGUGUUAUAGACAAGUACUAUUUUUGCAGGAUUUGAAAGAUGCCUAUGAGAAAGUUCUCAACAAUAACCCACAUCUGAAAACUAAAAAAAGUGUGAAAACGAAUGGAGCUGUGAACACGUUGAGACACAUCAAUUUGCGAAAAUAUUUCCUAGGCUUGUUGCCCGAUGAAAUUCGCUCGAAAAAUCCCGAUUGGCAAGUGAAUAUUGAUGAGAAUAAAAUUGUGGCACUUGACAAAGUUGUGGAUGAACUUGGAGUGGCCCAAACCAAACAUCUACUUCGUUCAACUUUUAUCGAUAAACAGUUUGAUUAUUGGAUGCCUAUUAGACGUACAAAUACAGGUGAUAGUGAUAGAAGAGUGAAGUGCUAUGAUGUUGUUAAGAAGAUUUUUCCGGGAACUUUGGGAAUGAUGUAUAUCAAACAGUAUGUGAAAAAAGGAAAUGUUGAGAUUGCUGACAAGUUAUUGGAGGAGAUUAAAGAUGUAUUCAAUGAAAUGAUUGAUGAGAAUAGUUGGAUUGAUUCUGGAUUGAAACAGGCGCUGAAAAAGGAAUUGAAAUUGUUGAAAGGUUCGAUUGGAACACCAGAUGAGCAUGAGAAUUCGGCGAAUAUUGAUCGAAUGUAUGCGAAAGUUGAGAGAUUGAAAAGGGCGGAAAAUCAAAAGUUCUCGGAAUUGUUGACGAAUAUAUUGGCGAUGAAUAGUGAGGAGACUUUUGCGAGGGUUUUUAAAAAGGAACAGAUUACAUAUGCGGCCGAUCCACUGGAAAUGUCGCCGAAUUUUAUGGGAGUGUCGCAUACGACUAGUGAGUUAUUUAUUUAGUUUUAUUGAUUUUUUCUAGCAACGUUAUGCAGUAAGUCACGAAAUAAAAAGGUUAAAAAACCAAAAAAAUGAUUCACAAACGGUAUUUUUAUUCAUUUUUUACCAUUUUCUUAACAAACUGAAUGAAGUGAAGCUAAAACGCAUUUCGGUGUCCAGAAAUGCUAUUUCAAGACCUUCUGAAUAGCCUUAACGACAAAUCAAGCCUUGAAAAUCAACAAUUUGAUUUUGAACGCUUCAUUUGUCUUUAAGAUUCAUUGAAAGAGGUUGGGGAUGACAUUUCUAGACACUAAAAUGCGUUUUAGCUUCACUUUUUUCAGUACGUUCAAAAAUGAAUAAAAAUACCGUUCGUGAAUCACUUUUUUGGUUUUUUAACGUUAAAAAACGUUUUUUUUAUUUCGUGAAUCACUGCAUUAAAAGCCCUUAGAAGCCUUAAGCCUAGAAACUCUGAAGAAGCCUAAGCCUUAGCCUAAAGAAGCCUUGAAAGCCUUGAAAGCCUUUUUUCCUUAAAAAAAAUGCGAAUUUCAAGGUUUCUAGCUCAAAAUGUCACAGUUUCAACGUUUUUUGGACUGAUUUCGAUAGAACCUGAAGUUUAUAUCAAAUUUUGCAGCAUUCCCGGCGGUUCUGAUGGAUUUCCCAUAUAUCGAUAAAGAUCUACCCGAAUGGAAUAAAGUUGCGUCGAUCGGUUUUCUAAUGGCACACGAAGUUGGACACGCAUUCGAUGCCCAAAGUUUCCCAUUAACCGGUGCAUUAUUGAAUCAUCAGAUGAAUUCGGGAACUCGCGGUGAAUUUGAGAAGCGUGUCAAAUGUAUAGUCAAUAAAUACUCGAAUUAUGCAUUUGAUAAUGGUGUAAAAUCGAAUGGUGCAAGAACAAAAGAUGAAGAUACGGCUGAUAAAAUUGGAUUUGAUCUAACUUAUCGGCUUUUCAAAAAAUUGCGAAAUUAUCAGAGAUUGCCUGGAUUUGAGAAUGUCACCAUUGAACAACAAUAUUUUCAAAGAAUGGCACUGGAUUGGUGUGCAAAAACACCAUUUUCAACGAAUGCUCGUGACUAUUUUAUCCAUACGGAUGUUCAUAGUGCAUUUACGUUUAGAAUUCAUGGAGUUAUGUCGAAUUCGGAAGCGUUUGCCAAAGCUUAUGAUUGUCCGGUGAAUUCGAAGAUGAAUCCGACGCAGAAAUGUCCGAUGUUUUGAGGGAUACUUGUGAAAAUGAAUACUUUUUUUGAGAACUCACAGGGGUGCGAAGACUACAUAUUUUUGAAUCGCGCGGGCGCUGGCGCAUUUCAAUUUUUAUCAAUAGAGCGCACAUUCAACAUCGACUUUUUUUUCUAUUGCAAAAAACGUUUUUUUCAAGUUUCGAAGAGAUUUACGAGUUGAUGGGUGUUUUUCACAUGUUCUUAAGGAGUAUGCGAGAUAGAAAAUCACAUUAGAAUUUUUUUGAGACCUCAACGAUGAAGAUCGGUGCAGAAUGAAAGGUGCUGAUGCCAUUUGAAGACAGACCAUUUUUUCAAUUCAAAAUCUGUUUUUUCUUAAUUCUGGUUUUAUUUCAAUUUUUACAUGUUAGGCUUGGAGUGGGAUGUAAUAACAAUGAAUUUAUAUAUAUAUAUACAUUUAUUGAAUCAAACGACUACAUAUAAUAAUAGUAAGAGGAAGAGAAGAGAGAAUGACAAAUUUUUCACACGUAGUGGAUGACAACACCACAGUUCGACACCAUUUUGGCACCAAAAGUUUCCCGUUGGCCGGCUAUCACAAAACCCACCAGAAUUUCCAGUUUUGGUGGAUUUUGCGGGCUGGACAUAUGGUGGCUUAUGAUACACCGGAAGCUGCGAUUUAUAUGUUGAAAGCUAUUGUUAAACAAUAUAAUCAAUAA